AAACUAUCAGGGGUGUUAGCGUUGUCGUCUCUCUUUUUUUGGUUACUGAUUUUAUUGAACAUGUGACCGAAUUAGGCGCUCACAUGGCUGCCGUGGCUGCAUGAUCCGCUUAUGUUUUUUAAAGUCCGGUGAUCGGUAGCUCCCUCGGCAGCGACCAUCCGGAGCAGAGGACCGCUGAAAAACACAGCGCCUACCCUGACAAAUCAUGGCGAACAGCGGGCAGAAAGUUGUCCUGAUCACCGGCUGCUCCUCCGGCAUCGGGUUACGAAUUGCCGUCACGCUGGCCAAAGAUGAAAAGAAGCGUUACCAUGUCAUCGCCACCAUGCGGGACCUGAAGAAAAAGGACAAGCUAGUUGAGGCAGCUGGAGACGCAUAUGGAAAGACCUUGAUGUUGCUUCCAUUAGACGUGUGCAGUGACGAGUCUGUCAGACAGUGCAUCAACAAUGUUAAGGACCGCCAUAUUGAUAUCUUGAUUAACAACGCAGGCGUGGGCUUGCUUGGACCCGUGGAGAGCAUCAGCAUCGAGGAGAUGAAGAGAGUAUUCGAGACCAAUUUCUUCGGCGUCGUUCGCAUGAUUAAGGAAGUGAUGCCAGACAUGAAGAAGAGGCGUUCAGGGCACAUCAUAGUCAUGAGCAGUGUUAUGGGUCUUCAGGGAGUGGUGUUCAAUGACGUUUACACCGCAUCUAAGUUUGCGAUGGAAGGGUUCUGUGAGAGUAUGGCCGUGCAACUGAUGAAGUUCAAUAUCCGGUUGUCCAUGAUUGAGCCCGGCCCAGUUCACACCGAGUUUGAGACGAAGAUGAUGGAGGACGUGGCGAAGAUGGAGUAUCCAGGAGCGGAUGCUGACACAGUUCGUUAUUUUAAAGACGUUUACCUGCCGUCGUCGAUAGAUAUAUUCGAGGCCAUGGGCCAGACGCCAGAGGACAUAGCCAAAUGCACUAAAAAGGUUAUCGAGUCAAGCAGUCCUCGCUUCAGGAAUCUGACCAACAGCCUCUACACACCAAUUGUGGCCUUAAAAUACGCGGACGAGACUGGCGGCCUGUCAGUGAACACCUUCUACAACUUACUCUUCAAUUUCGGCCCUCUCAUGCACAUCACCAUGAGCAUCCUCAAGUGCCUGACCUGCAGCUGCCUCCGCAGACGCACCAUUUCACCCAACUGAAGAGGGCCAUCCCAGUAUGUUCAACCCCCGGCCAGGUCCUCUGCACCUUUUCCCGAAGGUCUUGGGCAGAGCAGGUAGACUAGAAGCAGUAACCCGGAGAGAGGAGGAGCCUUUUAGUUCAAAGACACUGCCAUAAUAAGCUUUGCCAGACAACAUGCAUAAUUGCACACAUUUGUCUAGAGAGAUGUUGUAUGCAGGGUGACCUCAUGUACUGACCCAGUAACAUGCAUACCCCACAACACAGAAAAAGCAGCACACACAUUGACUUAUUAUAUAGAUUAAAAAGAGGACGCCGUGUGUUGCUAUGGGAGGAACUGAAAGGCAUCAAUGCAAGUGGAUUAUAUAUAUUUAUAUAUAUUGUUUAAGGAGAACACACAGACAGAGUAUGAGAUACGGUCUGAAAGCACAAAUGAACUCAGUAAACAAGAGGAGCAGUAACGUUGUAGAGGAAUACGGAAACAAUAAUACUACAAUUUGUAGCCUAGAUAAUUUUACACUCAGGCUCACACAAUAUAACAUGCUUUUUCUUUUGUUGUGCCCUACAUUACAUGUUUGCCUUAAUGUAGUAUUCCUGUAGUCAUAACUGCUGUUGAAUCGUACUUUUAAUCUUUGGAUAAAUUGAAUGUUUUUGGUUUUUAAGGGUUUGCCGAAAGGGUGGUUCAGGUAUUUUUAAUCUAGCAAUUUGAUUUAAAAUAAAAAAUAUCCUGAUUUA